UUUCCCCCCCCCCCCUCGGUCCACCGCGCCACGCUACCGAGUGGUGAGGCGGUGGUGGUCAAGGUGCAGCGGCCGGGGCUGCGGCAGCUGUUCGACAUCGACCUGGCCAACAUGCGGGCGCUGGCGGAGCAGCUGGACAGGGGGGAGGAGGGGAGGGACUUCACCUCCAUCUACUCCGAGUGCGCUGCCGUACUGUACCGCGAGAUAGACUACCUCAAUGAGGGGCGCAAUGCCGACAGGUUCAGGCGCAACUUCCGCUCCUCCUCUCUUCCCUGGGUUCGUGCCCCCCGGGUGUACUGGCAGUACUGCGGCCCCCGCGUGCUGGUGCUGGAGUACCUGCCAGGUAUCAAGAUCAGCGAUGUGCCCCGCCUGGCCUCCGCGGGUGUGGACCUGCAGCGGGUGGCAGCUCGGGCCACGGAGGCGUACCUGGUGCAGAUGCUGAGACAUGGGUUCUUCCAUGCAGACCCGCACCCGGGCAACAUCAGCGUGGACCCCCGCACAGGCGACCUGCUGUUCUACGACUUUGGGAUGAUGGGCGAGAUCGUGCCGGACGUGCGGGAGCGGCUCAUGGAUGUGUUCUACGGCGUCUACCGCAAGGACACCGACCUGGUGCUCAGGUCGCUCGUGUCGCUGCAGGUGCUGCGCCCCAGCGGGGACACCACCUCGGUACGGCGGGCGCUGCGCUACUUCAUAGACAACAUCGCGCGGCAGGCGGAGAGGCAGGAGACGAUACAGGCCAUUGGAGAGGACUUGUUCGCAAUCGCUGUGGACCAGCCCUUCAGGUUCCCCGCCACCUUCACCUUCGUGCUGCGCGCCUUCUCCACCCUGGAGGGCCUGUGCAAGGGACUGGACCCACACUUCAGCUUCGGGCGGGUGGCGGCGCCGCUGGCGGGGGAG